ACACGCUUGACCAUGACGCGAACCACGAACUUUGGUCGCAAGCGCACAUAUGUGCAAGCAGGGUUUUCCUCCGGCGAGCCUUCUACGGCAUGGGAUGGCCACCCCUCGCCAACAGAAGUUCCGGCCACGUCAGAAAGCUCUCCCAAGAAGCGAAGGAAGGCCAAGAAGUCUGCGAAAGAUUUCGGUGAUGACAGAGCCCAUACCGGACCGCAAGAAGACAACGACGAGAGGCCCGCUUCAGUCUGAUCACCAAAUCCCUAAGCGCAGGUCAACUAAAAACGGGAGAAAGCGGGAUGCAUCUCAGAUAUCUUCCAAUAACCCUAUGCAUCGCUCGGAGCACCGUCGAUUGAAACGCGUGGCUCAGCGGCAGGAGAACACAAUUUGCUUCAUAUGCAGGGAGAAAGGUCACGCUGCGAAAGAUUGUACUAAGGCGGUUGUGGACGCGCAGGAUAAAGGUGGUAAAAAGGUUGUCGGAAUAUGCUACCGGUGUGGAUCUACACGGCACACCCUGUCACGAUGUAAGAAGCCGGAAGAUCCUCUCAACCCGCUACCCUUUGCAUCAUGCUUUGUGUGUUCUUUAAAAGGACAUCUUGCCUCGUCCUGCCCCAAGAACACUGAUAAGGGUAUCUACCCGAAUGGUGGUUGCUGCAAACUGUGCGGUCAGAAGACCCAUCUGGCCAAGGACUGCGAGCUACGGAAACGCGAUCAGUCUGGGACAGCAGUAAGCAAGAUAUUUGGGAUUGGGAAGGAGGCAGGUGCAGAUGAGGACGACUUCCAUGUUUUCAAGCGGAAAAACGCAGAGGUUUCGAAUGACGAGAAAGAUGAGAACAAGCAGGGAAAUCGAGCGGAGGUACAGGCUGGAGUGCAUGUCGACAGGCUUAAGAGGAGGCUACCGGGAACCCCAGCGAAGGUUCAAAAAAGUCGUGUACUUUUGAGGUCGUCGAGCGCAGCCCAAAAGAUCUGACCCUUUCUUGGGAGGCGCCGUGCUGCUCUUAUCAGAUUAUGCAGUCACUGGCAUAUUGGUUCACAUGUGACGACACACUGGCUGGGACCUGAGUUGUGCUGCUAAGGCUGGUUUAUGCAAGACUACCAUGAACGCGCUGAAACCCAAAGUUAUCUACGGGACUGCAUGGUGAGUCGGGGAACACUGAGUAGCACGCUACAGAGGUCAUCUCAGAAACUGCAAAGGAAAGGCGAACGCACAACCCAGCUUGUAAUGAACGCCUUUCUACAGGGGUUUCGUGCUCUUGACACAGCAUGCCAGCCAAAG